AUGGCUUCAAGACUUCUAUCUCGAAGCCGCACUGCCAAUUGGCAUCGGCUAAACCUCCAAGGAUACCCUUCCCACCGAUAUUACUCCCUAAAACCUACAACCUUAUCAUCCUCUUCUAACACCCCAAAAGUCGGUAUUGACCAAGACCACCACUACACCUCCACAACUGCCACAACUGCCACGCCCCCACUAUCUCAACCGUCGGAUCUAAAUAUCCGUCAAGUAUCGUCAAAAGCAAGGACGUUGCCCGAUGGUACAAUUCCAGAGGUCACCGCCGAGGAUACAAUUCCAUCUACUGUCUCCGAAUCCCCAGAACCGGACCUUUCAAAUAUCAAUGCGGAAGUAUUCCACAGUCGACGUGCGAAGGCACUUGGAAAUACCAAUGGCGGUUUAAACCCCGUCUCUUCGGGUACACCGGCCUCGGAUUCAUCCGGUCUCAAUAAACCAGAAUUCACAAAUACAUCGCCAAAAGUCCAGUCUACAGCCUCAAAAGUUAUAGAUGAGCUAAAAACAAGUAAUAACAGUCAGCCUUAUACUAUGUCCGCAUCUCCAGUCCCCUCGUCACGAUUAGACCGGUUAUUCCACUACGGCAGUCUAGCGGCUGGUAUGACGCUCGGAGCAAUAAGUGAAUCCGUAAAACGUGCUACCAGCAGUAGUGAUUCCUCAUCCACAGGUUCUAGCGGGAAUGGUGGAGGAUUAGUCCUAAACCCCCAAAACAUCGAACGGCUUGUAAAGACACUUUCAAAAAUGCGUGGUGCAGCGUUAAAACUUGGACAAAUGUUAAGUUUUCAAGACUCAACUUUUCUACCCCCAGCGAUCCAACUGAUACUUUCCCGCGUUCAAAACCAAGCCGACUAUAUGCCCCCUUCCCAACGUGACUCCGUCUUAUCCUCAAAUCUCGGUCCAAACUGGCGUUCCCUCUUCUCAACAUUCUCCGAAAAUCCCAUAGCCGCCGCUUCAAUCGGCCAAGUUCACACGGGUGUCCUCUCCUCGACCGGUCAAAAAGUCGCCAUAAAGAUCCAAUACCCAGGGGUAGCAACCUCAAUCUCUUCAGAUCUAAACAACCUCUCCAUCCUCCUAACCGCCACUAGACUCCUCCCAAAGGGACUCUACCUCGACAAAACCAUUGCAAAUGCCAGAACGGAGUUAGCUUGGGAAUGUGAUUACAUCCGAGAAGCGGCCGCCCAAACCCGGUUUUCUGAAAUAAUCGCCUCAUCACCAUCAUACUCCGACAUCUUCUCCGUUCCUAAAGUAAUCACCGAAGCUUCAGGUCCACAAGUUCUUACGAUGGAAUUCAUGCAAGGAACACCGAUUACCAAUCUCCAAAACCCAACCCAACAGGAAAGAGACUACCUAGGAACCCAAAUCCUACGCCUCUGUCUCCUCGAAAUAAUCUCCUGGAAUUUCAUGCAAACCGAUCCAAAUUGGUCGAACUUCCUAUACAACCGUCAAACCUCAAAAAUCUCACUACUGGACUUCGGCGCCUCACGUGAAUUCCCUAAAGAAUUCAUAGAAGACUAUGUAAACGUCCUAAAAGCUGCUAGGAAGAAGGAUACCCCGACAAUUCGCGAAUUAUCAAUAAAAUUAGGUUAUUUGAACGGUUUGGAGAGCCAGAGUAUGUUGGAAGCACAUAUCGGUAGUAUUUUGACAUUGGCGGAACCGUUUGCGAAUGAUGCACCGGAUGUCUACGAUUUUGGAAGUCAGACGGUGACGGAUAGGGUUAAGGCUUAUAUUCCUACGAUGGUGAGGGAGAGGUUGAAGCCCCCACCAGAAGAGACUUAUAGUUUACAUAGGAAGUUGAGUGGUGCGUUUUUGCUGUGUGCGAGGUUGGGGAGCAGAGUUAGGGCCAAGGAGAUGUUUGGGGAGAUUGCCGGGGAUAAUUGA